ACUGAUUCCAUUAAUUAGUAUCACCUACAAAUUCAACGAAAAUAUUGAACUUGAGGAACCUUCCACCCAACCCAACCCAACCCAACCACCAGGGGUAGUAGAGAAACUCUACUGUCUUUUCCUUUGCACUUUAUAUAAACAAAAUAAAGAAUAAAAUAAUUCAAAGUCGAACGAAGCAAACAUUUGAGCAAAGUCCCAACAGCCUUCCCCUUGGACUUUACUUAAACCCAUUUUUUUUUCAGUCACUUCUUCCCAAAACAAAAAAGAAUCAUGGCGCUUUCGCUUUGCUCUCUGAGAUUCCUUAUUUUCAUCUUCCUCGUAUCGGCAAUUCCCGUGGCUUACAUCAUCUCCGUAGAACGUGCCAAGCCUCCCACCCACGUUUUCCACUACCACAGCGCCGGAUUUUUCCGGGAGUGCGCCAAGUGGGACGACCAGGGCAGUCGGUUCCUCGUUUCUUUCUUGGAAGGUGGCGUCGGUGCGAUCCACGUCCCGGAAGAUGAUUCACCUGACCUCGUACUGAACGAGGUCACAGUGGUCAAAGACUUCGACUUGACUGGAAAUGCUUCCCUCGGCAUCACCGUUGACCGCCCCAGAAACCGGCUGCUUGUGGUUGUAGCCGACUUGCUCGGGAAUCGGUACAGCGCACUUGUGGCUUAUGAUUUGUCCACGUGGAAGCGGCUCUUUCUUGCCCAGCUCAGUGGCCCUAGUAAGUACAACCAUUUAUCUUUUGCAAAUUAUAAAUUAGUAUAAAGUUAUUAUACUACA